AAAAAUGUAAUCUUCUACGACAUCCUCCAUCGUCUCUCUCUAUUCGCCGUUGGUUGCCGAAGGGGUGGAUCCCCGGUUUCUCAUACUGUUUCGAGUUUCGCGCAAGCGGGUUCUUCCCUCCGGUGGGAGGCAAGGCUGUAUCUUAUUAGUUUUCUAUGAACUGCUCUUUCUUGCUCACAGACUAAUUUAUCCAAUGGCUCUUUCUUUCUUAAAAGCCUUUCCAGUGCCUUCUCUAUUUUGUUUCGCUUUGCCGACCCCUUUUUCUCUCUGGCUCGUUCUUCUUUACUUUUUCUUCAAUUGCUUUUGUUGGUUACGGGUUUCCGUCAGCUCCUUAGAGAUCUGAAAUGUAGUUCCGAUCUCUCUCUCUCUCUCUAUCUCUUUCCGUCUCUUCCUUUUCUGGAUUUCGGUGGGAGCUAUCGAAAGGCGUAGCCAGGGUUUCUGGUGACUUGGUUCAUCCGGAAAUGAAGUUCUGAGGCGAUUGGUUGAGUUAUAGUUGCCUUCGCAUUUCAAGCAAUGUCUUGCUUGUUCUAUGUGCUUGGCGUGAUCGAGGAUUCUUGCAGGAUUCCGUUUCGAGAUAUAACGGUCUAGGAUCCUGAGUUUUUUUGCUGAUGGGGACGUCUCCUGGAAAAUGGAUCAAGAGAGUGAUUUUUGGCAAGAAAUCAUCCGGAACUCAAACAUCAAAAGGAAGGGAUCCUUUGAAGAAUGCUGCAAAUGGUGAAGAGCAUGUUGGUGGAACAGGACCAUCUGCUCAGGCUGUGAAUUCACCAGUGAUAUCUCAACCAGUACUUGUAAACACCAAAACGAAUGAUAUCAUCUCAGAACCAGAAAAGGGGACACCUGCUGAUAUGGUUGUUGGAGGAGUUCCAUCAUCUAUAGGUCAACAUACAGAUGAUCAAGGAAUUGUUGGACAUGAUGUGUUAAAGGACUCUGAAAAAGUCGAGGAACAGCAGGCUGCUACCAUGGUGCAAGCAGCUUUUAGGGGUUAUCUGUCACGCAGGGCAUUUCAUGCACUUAAGGGCAUCAUAAGGCUACAGGCACUGGUUCGGGGGCACUUGGUGAGGAGACAAGCAGUUGUAACCCUACGUUCUUUUCAGGGAAUUGUUAAGUUACAAGCACUGAUUCGUGGGCGGCGAGUCAGGCUUGAAGUCAAUACAAAAUGCCAUCAGGGAAGGGAUGUGGAUGCUGAACAGUUGAAAACUUGGAAUGAGAAACUAUUAACUAAUACUUUUAUUCGUCAGCUUCUUUCUGCAUCACCUGUUAUAAAACCUUUGCAAAUCGAGUAUGAUGGUGGGGAACCCAAUUCAGUCUUGAGCUGGAUGGAGCGCUGGACAUCCUCUCAUUUCUGGAAACCACUUCCCCAACCAAUGAAGGCUGUUGAUUUGAAAUUUCAGGCAAGUGAAUCAAGCAGACUGAAAUAUACUCUUUCUAGGAACUCAGUUGCAAACACUGACUCUGGGCCGGUAAAUGCCGUCACCGAGCCUGAAAAACCAAAAUGCAACCUGAGGAAAGUACCUAGCUCCCCUGCUGAUUCUGUGCAGGAACAUCCACAAACCGAGCUUGAAAAGGUCAAACAUAAUUUGAGUAAGGUAUCUAAUUUGACAACAGAAGCCUCUGACUGGCCAGAUGCUGAAAAUGAGAAACCAACGCACAGUUUGAAGAAGGUGCCAGGUUCCCCUCCUGAUGUUACACAUCAGAGCGUUGAGGUCACUGCGGACAAGAUGAAGAAAGGUACUGCAGUGACUCCUGAGAACAAACCUGAUAUGGAAUGUACGUUACCAGAUGAUUGGCCCCCUCUCGAAUUGCAUUCAUUGCAAAAUACCAGUAAAGAAGGUGAACUUUCCGUAACUAAUGGGGAAUUGAGCUUGAAGGAUGAACAGCCUUGCGAGGGGAGCCAGAAAGGCAGGAAGAGGAGGGCUUCUUUCUCAUCAAAAUCAGAAUAUUAUGCAGAACACGGUUUGCAGAAUGCUUCAAAAUUACCAAGCUAUAUGCAAACAACUGAAUCUGCUAAGGCAAAACUACGUGGACAAGUUUUACCAAGGUCUGGCUCAGAUUCAGCUGUGAAAAAUAGCACCCCACGUCGCCAUUCUUUGCCGUCUUCCAUGAAUGGAAAGCUGAGCUCACAGUCACCACGGACACAGAAACUGAUUCAAGGAAGUGGCAAGGGAGCUAUCAGAAAUGACAGAUCUCUAACAUCAUCUAUAGAUGAGAAGGCAAUUCAAAUAGAAUGGAGGAGGUGAUGAGAAGUAAGAAUUCAAGUUCUUUACAGCAGCAAGAUAUUGCGGUUUGUCUGCAGUUUUUCCUUCCUAAAUUGUUUGUUUUAUGGUGUAGAGUUGUGCUGUGAUCCUGUACCAAUUUGUUAUUAAAUGGGGUUUGGUUGGCGUAAUACUGCGUUUUUUUUCACUUCUUCAGGUUACAGAAUGUUGUUUAUACAGAAAAAUGCUUUUUAGAUUUGUCUUGGUUCUCAUUAUAUAUAUAUUGCAAAAUUGGAAAGAGCA